AUGGCAAGUGGUCAAAUCUCAAUUCAAGUGGAGCUUACCCAGCAGGUUUGGGGAGCCACUAACACAUUCACGGCUGAUCGAGAACUUGGAGGCCAGCUCAAACCAAAUGUAGUUCAACAGAAUCCGGUGUCCCACAUUGAUGACGAUGCUUCGGCCGAGAUUGAGUCCCUGGACGGUUCCACCAACGAUGAAGACUUUGGUGAGUUUGAGACCGUGAAUAGCUCCACCGACGACGAAUCUUGGGUCUCUGUGAACUACAACCAAGUUGAGGAUAUGACAUCCGGGGUGGCGGAUCUCGCCGCGUACGCCCACCGACCAACCUUGGAGAACUUCGAAGACUCCGAGAACGAGAUGUCACCACCUCCUUCCCCUCUCCCUCGGGGCUAUCUUCGCUCAACGCAGAAUGUCGACGCCUUCUUACACCCGAUGGACUUAACUCCUGAGAACAGUGCCCUUGGUAACUUGCUGUCAUUCGAGUCAUCGUCUUACGAUGACUACGCCCCUCUCUUCCAUGCUGACUCGGGUUCCGGAUAUUCCGCUAAAGCUCGCCAUGGUACGUCCACAGAGCGUAUGUGGAGUUUGGGCAAGACGGCAUUUUCGCGGUUGGCUUCAGCUCGGCAAGGCGCUGGUAAACAGGCCAAGCAAGCUGUGGCCGCCUGGAAGACAAAUUUUGUUGACAAGGAGCAUGAGGAGCUUGCGCGGGUGGUGAAGGAGGCUGCAAAAGUACCUAUGGUGGUGAAGACCGAGCCGACUUCAGUCCGUGACCGUAGUCAUAAUCUAAUCAGCGGCGCAGUGGCGAACGAGGAUGGCGUCAAGAACCUCCAUAUGGAAUAUGCGGCCGAGAGCUGGAUGGACGUAGAGAGGAGGGCCUGGGGCGCGUAG